UGAUCUCCAUUUGAAUUAGAGUUGAACUGUAGCAUCUAAAAGAAGGGAAAUAUUCGUGCGCAAGCUACAAAACAGCUUACGAUCCUGCCUGAUUCAGAAUGGAGGUUAUGGCGGGGAUGUUUCUGUUCCUCUUGAUCAUCACGACAAAGGUACAAGCAGAGUUGUUUGGGUUUCACUUUCAAAUCAAAGAUGGCACUUCGUUCUCGAAGGAAAACACCCUUUGGACCGGAAAGACAGGCUCUAUUGUGUCUUGUUCCCACUUGUGUGCGAGGCGCGAAGCUUGUAAAAUUGCCAUGUUUUGGGUAAAUCAAAGAACUUGUUCGCUACUUGAUACAGCACAAAGAGAAGAAGGCCAGAAACGACCCCAGCAAGAUGACGUGUUCUACCUUGAAAAGAUCAAUUUGCCUCAAGUUUCUAACUCACUAGCUGCAUGUGAGGAGACAUUUCGCUGGCACCCUGUGUGGGUUCUUACUUUACAACUAUAA